UGAAGGGGACUUUUGAGAUUGUUGCAUACUCAGUGUGGACAUGGAAACAAAUCACUGUGUUCUCCACGUGUUCUUCUGCAUUUCUUUGUGUUUGGUGCUCUGGGACUCAAGUUUAGCUUGUCACACUGGCUCUCAGGCAGAAUGUGAAAAAGCUCCAUUUGUGCCUGGUUACAAUCUGGCAGGAGAAGGCUUUGACUUAGUCAAAAUGCGACGUAAAGGUGCCUUUCUGAUUAAUGUCAAGUCAUACUCAGUCAACGGUACCUGUACCAUCUGCAAGAACCGCUUUCACGGAGAUCAGAUGCAGAAACUUCCCUCAGCCGUGCUGGACUGGCGUAUCUUCAGCACUACAGCACAGCCUUCUACUGCUCUUCAUCAUUCAGUUGAUUCCCUCAUGAAGAGUUCAACGUCACUCAUUAAUAACAACUGGAAAAUGGAUCUUCGACUGGAUGACACAGGAAAGGUGAUUUUUGGAGGGAGUCGAUCAGAUAUUGCUCAAUUUGCCCAUUCUCAGAGUGCAAAAGAUAAAACAACCUUUGCCCUCCACGAAAUCAGCUGUACAUACUACAGUUACAGAUUAAGAGACCACCCAGAGCUCAGCACUGAAUUCUCAAAACAUCUCCAAACACUUCCAACACAGUAUGAUGACCAAUCUAAACACCUGUACCAGAAAAUGAUCGAAACCUACGGCACUCACUACAUACGCCAAGUCCAUCUGGGAGGGCGUGUGAGGUGGGUCACAGCUUUUCGGACAUGUCUUGCAACCCUGAAGGGCUUUUCUGAAAUUGACAUUAAACACUGUCUGAACAUGGAUUUCAUGAUAAAGUUGGGGUUCCAGCAAGCUACAGCCUCGUUUUCGAACAAAUGUUCUAAAAUCCUUGUGGAGGAAAUGGGCAUGGGCUUCUACCAGACCUUCAUGACACACAAAACAGAGGUUCUGGGAGGAGAGAAAUACUUCCCAGAGCUUGUUUUAAACCAAAGCCCGGCUGAAGCUUACUCACAAUGGAGAAAGAGCCUGCAUGACAACCCUGACGUUAUUUCAUAUGCUAUUUUCCCUCUCCAUCAUCUGGUGGCGGAUCCUGAGGUUAGUGCUAAUCUGAAAAGAGCAGUAACACAAUAUAUUGAAGAGAACGCGAUUUCUAUAGACCAAAAGGAAUAUGAAGGAUGUUCUAAAAUGUCAAAUCUAGAUCAAAACUGCUGUCCUUUGAGAGCCGGUCGUGGCACAUUGGUAGUGUUUAUGAUGGGAGCCACAGGCAUGAAUGAAGAUUAUCUUUCAUCUUCUGAUGGUUAUGUGAAAGCUUGGUACAAUGGUAUAUACAAGGAGACUGAGGUAAUUCUGGACAAUAAUGACCCUGAUUGGAACACCAACUUUAAUUUUGGGUCAGUUGAGUUUGGCCAUCAACUAAAAUUUGAAGUUUGGGACAGUGAUGUGAAUUUUGAUGAUUUUGUGGGCGAAUGUGUGAUCAGUCCUGAAAGUGGGAUGCACAUACACAGAUGUAAAUUACAGAGAGGGUUCUUUUAUUUCAUCUACAGGGCUUUAUGUGAUGAUCACUUGACAGGUCCUAGGUGUAGCAGAUAUUCACCAGAAUUAUAAGACCUACAGUGUUUAGGUGCAGAUUACUUUUACAUAGAUAAAAGGUGUGGUGUGUAGCAUUGAUUUGCAUCUAAUUUUCCAACCAGUUUGAAAUAAUUUACAAAUAUGUUUAAUUAAUAGCUUUUAACUUGGAACAUGCACGUGAACAAAAGGACAAUGACGAUGAACAUCACGUUGUUCAAAUCUGCCUAACACUGUUACUAAUACUUCAGUAAGCUUAUAAUCCAUGAAGUUGAAAAAUGUUUUUUCAGUCAAAUUUCACAUCACGGAUGAAUAGACAAAUAGAUACAUCCAAUACAUUAUAUUCAUGUGUGCAUUUGUAUAUUAAAUUAUGUAUAAAGUGUGGCAGUUUAAUAACAACCUGCUAGUUUUUUUAAGGAUUUUUGCAAUAAAAAUGACUGAUUUUGUGGUGGUAAUUCCCAGAAAUUUGCAGAAAGUUUUGUGAGAAAAAAAAGAUAAAAAAUGCUUUCCUUUGCCUUAAGGCUUACCCUAUUGUAAUACACCUAAAACACAGACUGCUGAAAAAACUCGUCAAUGGCAUGGAAGUGUUUUCUCUCAUCAACGGCAAAGAAAAGAGUUAAGCAAAAUUACUUAUCACUUUGAUGCACAUCAUAAUAGGCUGCCAGCCAUACAUGUAAAGCAAAAAUAAUGUCCUUCAAUUCGGUCACGUCCAGCAGCCAUCAUCCUUGGACCAGCUUCAUUAUUGUAAGCUGCUUGUUUUUGUUUUUUUGUCUGUUCCAUUGCUCCGUUUGUUAGAUGUUUGCUACAAUUUAUUUUUUUUUGCUCUCUAAAUGCACAAAAUGGCCAAUUUGUGCUGUGUUACUCACUUGAUUUGUGCCAUCGGAUUUCUAAUCGCAUCUUUGCACGUAAACUUUACGUGUACAUCAAUUGUGCUUCCUCUGCUUCUGCUUACUGCAUAGGCUGCAAAAAAUUUACCCCACUUCCAUGUAAUGUAAUGAUUGUGAGGGCUCAGGUAAAACGUAAUUUUUUGAGAGAGACUCAAAUACAUCACGUGCGCUGCAUAGGCAACGUCUAUGUCAUCUAAAUCAAUUAAUUGCAAACUGAAAUAAAUAUAAUUUGAUUUUAUGCUUUGUAAUUAGAUGUUUUAUGAUAUCAUUUAAUUUUUUGUGAUUAUUUUGAGUUUAAGAAUUUUGCAGUUCGAAAAAGAUUGUGACUUUGUUGAUCUUGCGUUGAAUUCAGCAAUCGCAAAUUCGCAAAAAACUAGGGGGUCUGAAUAACUAUUAUUUCAGCUAAUAACGCUGCAAGCGUGCAAAACUAAAUUCACUUUAUCUUGAUGCUAGCUUAGCGCUAUUAAGAUUAAUUACAGUCUGGAAACAUUAUCUACCAUUUUACAUAUACAUAGUAACAAAAACAUUAAGGAGUACUUUUAGGGUCUUUUUUUAAAUCAUGUCAUGCAUUAACUGAGAUGUAACCUUGUAGUAUUAAAAGGGCUAUUGUUAACAAGCAAAAAUGUGCAAGCUGAUUAUUGUUAUGUUGUAAUAAAAUUGAUUUACUGCUG